GGAGACGUGAACAUGCAACCGGUCCAAGAGAGAAAAACCACAAAGCUUCCCGGAACAGACGAUUUCUUCCUUGACUGACUUGAAUGCCCUGUCCCCAGGAUGCCCGUGGAGACACGCUCGCUCGGAGACUCAUCAGCCGUGGGUCGAUUUCCAAGCGUCAGCCUGGCUUUGGCUGACGAUGACGAGGAGGCACCUGAAGGGAAGGAUAAUGCCUGUUGGAGAUGGCUGCGUGGUGUCGGCCCGUGCUGCUGUCCCGAGUCGGAGAAGGAUGACAUCAAGGACACGCUGGUCACAGCGAUGGAUGAUGGGGAGGCCGGGGAAAAGCCUGCGACGGAAGAUAGCGAGCUCAGUGAGCUGCCCCUCAAUGUGAAAUCAAUAGAUCUGCUGAAAAGUAAAAUGGCACAGAACCGCUUGGAGCACCGCACUGAUCUCUACCAAAGCAACGACUGUAUUGUGCGAAGGGGGCAGAAAUUCCUUAUGUGGAUCACGCUGUCUCGGCCUUUCAACGCCAACACAGACAAACUUCACCUAGAACUGAAAACAGGGCCUCUGCCAACAGUGUCAAAGGGAACUCACAUCAUCAUCCCCCUGGUGGAUGUGCCGCAGGAUAACUGCUGGCAGGCCGUUGUGGUGAAGCGGGAUGGCGCAAGGAUGAAGCUGUCGAUCAACUCCCCCGCCACUGCGGUUGUCGGUCGCUAUCGCCUCCAGGUGGAAACGAAAUACCCAAGUGGCCAGGCCAUUUCUGCACAUGAGCCCGUUAAUGACAUCCAUCUUCUGUUCAAUCCCUGGUGUGAAGGUGACGCAGUGUUCAUGGACGCUGAAGAGGAAAGGAAAGAGUAUGUCCUCAACGAGGUUGGACGCAUCUACUACGGCACCCGGGACCAGAUUGGAGUCCGCACAUGGAACUAUGGACAGUUUGAUGAAGGGAUACUGGCUGCAUGCCUCUUCGUUUUGGAGAAGAGUGGGACUCCUCCAUCUGGGUGGGGUGACCCUGUUAAUGUGGUGCGAGUUGUGUCAGCCAUGAUCAACUCUCGUGAUGACCAGGGCGUUGUGGAGGGAAACUGGUCAGGAAACUAUGCGCAAGGAACAUGUCCCACAGUUUGGAGCGGAAGUGUGGAAAUAUUGAGGGAAUACCACAAAAAUAGCGGCACCCCUGUUAAGUACGGCCAGUGUUGGAUCUUUGCUGGAAUCGUCACAACAGUUUUGAGGUGUUUGGGCAUUCCCAGUCGGACUGUGACUAACUUCAGCUCAGCCCAUGACACCGACGUCUCCUUGACAACAGAUGUGUACCUGGAUGAGAACCUCGAGCCCAUAGCUCAUCUGAAUGCUGACUCUGUCUGGAACUUCCACGUGUGGAAUGACUGCUGGAUGGCUCGCCACGAUUUGCCUCCAGGUAUGGGAGGAUGGCAAGCGCUGGACGCCACGCCUCAGGAGACCAGCCAGGGCACCUUCCGCUGUGGCCCCGCCUCCCUCGCUGCCAUCCGCAACGGUCAGGUCUUCCUCAAGCAUGACUCACCGUUCGUUUUCGCAGAGGUGAAUAGCGAUAAAAUCUACUGGCAGAGGAACCAGGAUGGGACUUUUUCGAAAAUCCACAGUGAGAAAAAGAUUGUGGGUCACCUCAUCAGCACCAAGGCUGUAGGCUCUGAUGAGCGCAGUGAUAUCACGCAUCUUUACAAACACCCUGAAGGCACAGAGGCUGAGCGCAUCGCUGUGGAGACGGCGUGUCGGUACGGCUCCAAGUCGGAGGCGUAUUCCUCUCCCACUGCGGAGGACGUCGCCAUCGCGGUGGCCAUGGACGGUGAUGGUCCACAAAUGGGGAAGGAUGCAACGUUGACUAUCACGUUGCGAAACAGCAGCGCGGAGCAUCGCCAUAUCCUCAUGCACAGCCAGGUGGCGGUGAUGUACUACACCGGAGUCCACAAGGCCAAUGUCAAGACGGACCACACCGACCUGGACCUGCUACCCACUGAGGUCAAGGUUUUGGAGUGGAUGCUUGAGUACAAAGACUAUAAGGACCAGCUGGUAGACCAGGCUGCCCUCAUGCUGACGUUAUCGGGCCGGGUCAGGGAGACCCAGCAGGUCCUGGCCACUCAGUUCAGUUUCCGACUCAGGACACCGAACCUCCUCUUAAAACCCAUCGGGAGGGCCGUUGUCGGGGAAAAGAUGGCGGUGGAGAUCUCCUUCACCAACCCUCUUUCGCAAGUGCUGACGUCGGUCAUAUUCCACGUGGAGGGUCUGGGCCUGGAAACGGCUCACAAGAUUCAUUAUGGCAAUAUAGGCAGCCGGGCCGCCGUGUCUCUGACAGAGCACUUUGUCCCCACCCUGGCCGGGCAGAGGAAAUUACUGGCAUCGCUUCACUGCCAGCAGCUCACGCAAGUUCACGGUGUGACGGACAUCACCGUGCAUGAAAAAACCUAUGGUGCUCUAUAGGGAAUGACGUUUUUUCCUGUAAUAAGGAAACACUAUUUAAAGGUUGACAUUGGAUACCAAGAGAGGAAAAAAACCCUAGGGAAAUGCACGGUUUGACCUCGGAACAGUCUGAAAGUAUAAGCUGGAGUCACACUCCAAAUAAUUAAAAGGUGCAACCGCUUGUCCUUGACAGGUUUAGUUUCAGUAUGGUUAGAUGAAAUUUUUUUAUGUCUAGUAGAAGGUUGUGUGAUCUGCAAUUAAAUUGCAAUCAAGCGUAAACCAUGACAUCACAGUCUAUUAACACCCCCCUCCAAAAUCUCUCUCAUGGCUUGACAUUCCAUAAAACAUAUCUUAGUUUUUAAUGCAUUAUUUCCUGUGUCCACAACUAGCUCACAGGGCGUAAAACCCACCUUCACCAAUUUUGGAUUGACAUUUGCAAUAAAAGUGUUGUUGCACAGUAUGUGCUCAACACACCCCGACGCAGAGCCUCAAAAGGUUCACGGCCGCGUCAGUAGGAAUGGUGUACAGACAACGCAGGAACAUAAACAUAGCAUAAGACUCCAGCGGUGUCCCAACACUUUUAUUUACUCCGAAACUCACAUCAAAACUAAGGCUGAGCAUUUUAUUGUUUUGAGUCGUAACAGCAGCUAACUGCUUUUUGCACUUAAGAAUGUUAAAGACUUUUCCGCUUGUGGUUAAACAUGUGAGUGUUUUUCUUGUUUUUACAUCUGAAGGUUUAAUGUAUUGUUAGAAUUGUACAAUAAAAAAAGUGUAGAGAAACAAUCUAAUUUGCACAAGUGGCCAUUAUGAAUUUGCAUGUAAUCUUAAUGGACGCUGUAGGAGAGAGGAAUAACAUUGUGAGAGACGAAAACAAAUAUAACAACAAAUAUAAAUACGACAAAAUCAUGUUUUUCUGAUGCUUCUUUAUGUGGUUUGGUCGGCAUUAGGCCAGUAUGAGAUUCUGAUGGUAUAGUCUACUGAACCAUGCAACUCAUGUCAUAUGACACAUACAGUAUUUUCAUAGUAAGAAAAAUGCAAUCAAUCACUGGCUCAGUCAGUGGCUCAAGAAGGUCACAGCAUAAAUAAUAAAAAGAAGCUCAUACUGUUACGUUAUUAUUUUUUGGCAUGGUGAAUGUGCAGUGUUUUUGAAGCUAUGACUUUUUCAUUCCGUGGUAUACUUUGAAACCAUUAACUCCGGUGUACUGCCAUGGUCUUUAACGAGAGCACACACGUCUAUACCUUUUCCACUCUUAAACCAGUUCAAUCCCCGGAGACAACUUACAUCAGUCUUUUUUUUUUUUUUAAAAAGAGAAUAUCUGAUGACUCCUGAUCCCUCCUGCUACAUCUUCUUAUUCUCUGGCAGACCCAGGUAGGUAGGAAGUUAACAAACUGAGUGACGCACAGUUCUAUUACAAUGUUUUUAUGACUCUAUUUGCAAACAGAGAAAAACCAAGGCUGUGAAAUGAUUUGUACAUCAAAUGAUUUGUACAUAAUUUACAACUAUGAGUGAAAUUGAAUUUACUGUAUUUUAUGAACAAAAAGAUAAUUGACAGGACACAAUUAUACAUAUGUGUAUGUAUAAACAUCAAAUUGAAUUCAAGCAAAAACUUACCAUAUACAGUAUGUCUGAAACUCUAUUACUAGUCUAUUACACUAGUCUGUUUAAUAGUAGAACAACACCUGAUACACACUUACAGUAUCUGUUCUAUUGCGAGCCAUGGAGUUGCAUUCAAAGACACAAAUUUAAGAUGAAUUCACAUGUUUUGAUUGUAGAUGUAUUUUUGGAUCAAACUUAAAUGCAUAAAAUUGUGCUUCCGUAAGUUGAUCCACUUAUUGUUUUUGUUUGUAUUUCUUUUAGACCUCACAUACUCCCAUAAUAAACAUAUUAUUGGGAUUUUCGGAUUGUCCAUGAAUGCAUCUCACAGUCUCCAGUGACAAAGAGGAAGUUCCAUUCCGAGAAGGACUAGUGAUGUGUCCAGGAGUUGGAAAUACAUAUAAUUUAUUGGAAUUGGAAGUGUUCGGCGUCAGACUCUACACUUUGCUUCCGUCUGCCGUCAAAACAGAUACGCAUGAUAAUUAAUCAAUGAAUAAAUAUAUAUAAAUAUUUUAACGUAAGUAAUUACAUAAAUGAAUUACAGCCUCGCUUUACAAUUAGGUACACAUAAAUACAGUACUUCCUGAGGAACUAAUGACCAAGGCACAAACAUUUACAGUACUGAGGAACUAAUGAUGAACUACUUUGUAGGUUUGUCCCUCAUUAACUGGUGUAUUUUUAAGUACUUUAUUGUAAAGUGUUAAUGAUGGACUAGAACUAGUUCAAUCCACUUUAGACAUUUGGGGAAUAAACAAAAGUUGUGAAUGUAUUUUUUGGCCUCAUGUGUGUCUCUUAAUGGUGAACACAGGCGAAGUUGAGUGGAUAGGAGGCGAGUUACGAGUGGUGGAAAAGAGCCAAAGAAAAAGUGCUGUCUGACCUUGAUGAUGUUUUGCCUUGGUUGCAUUCUAUUCCACUCCUUUUCGAGCACCCUGUAUACUAUAUAUGUAUCUCAUGUCUUGACUGGAUACCCUCCAUUAAUGAGGGUCACAUGCAGCCUUUUUUUUUACUCAUGAUAACUUGACAAAUUGUGGUGGGCAACCACCAGAAUACUUCCAAUGUCAAGUGGAAGCAAUUCAGUUCACCCUGCCAAUUGUUGAAACUUUAAUUACUACAAUACAUCAGUGUGUAAGAUGGAGUUGACUGGCUUUUAUGCUAUAGAAAUAUGUGUGUAUGUGUGUGUGUGUGUGUAUGUAUAUGACUAGAGAUGAUAUAUGUGUGCAUUCUUUUUAUAGCAAAACUAGAUGAUAAAUUAUUUUCAGGGUGAGAGUGAUUAAGUAAAUGAAUGGGGUUUUCUUUUGUAUUUUUUCACAUUACAUACAAAAUGUAAUUAUAUUUUGAGUGUCUUUGUGGUUAUUAAAAUGGAACAGGACAUGUGAACAAUAUUACAUGCCAAUAAUUUGGUCAUAAUUAUUAUUAAUUUAAAAAUAUUAUUAAUUAUUAUUUGGUCAUAAUUAUUAGAAUUCAAUAUCCUGAGCUCGCCUAAACUAUUUCUCUUGUUUAAUAAUGAUGAUAAUAAUAAUAAUAAAGUUGAAUAAGCCAUUACUCAGAUAAUGAGAAAAAAAUGAUUCCUUCUUUAAGUCACGAUGCUGAAAUGGCACCAAAUUGUGAGAAUGACCCAUGUCUGUCUUAA